AUGGGUGGUGGUGGCGGUGGCAAUAAUGGUUAUUUCCAUGGUGCUAGACCCGAAGAUAUGGCAGGAUAUCCAUACCAUCAGCAACAAUCAGCGCCGGCAAUGAUGAGCCAGCAACGAGCAGCAAAUGGCAACGAACGGUUUCGGCCCAUGAUGUAUGCUAGACAACCACCAGAGCUGGGGGUCGUUCUUGCUGCCGAUGCACUGUUCAUUGGGGUUCAACAAGUUGCUCGUUACCUUCAGGAUAUAAGGGGUAUUGGGGUAAUUAGAGAUCCGUUUUUGCUUGAAGAGUUCCUUGGACUCCUGGAGAUUAUGGACGUCAUGGGCUUCUUUUACCAUUCUGCUACUUCUUUGUUUGUGGAUGAUUUUCAUGAGACUUGUGUCUUGAAAGUAAACAUUCAUUGUGAUGGUUGUAAACAAAAAGUGAGAAAAGUCCUUACAAAUAUUAAAGGUGUGCAUGGUGUGAAAAUAGAAUCAGAACAAGGGAAAGUGUUGGUGUCUGGGAAUGUUGAUAAACAAAUAUUAUUAAAGAAACUAUCAAAAAGUGGGAAACACGCAGAGAUUUGGGGGGUUUCUCAAAAACAAGUACAAAUGAAGGAUUUAUCGAAGAAUAUGCAGAUUGAUGGCGGUAAAUCUGGUGGUGGAGGUGAUGGGGGAGAGAAAGAUGGGAAGAAGUCGGUGAAGUUUGAUGCCUCUGCGAGUGAUGAUGAUGAGGAGGAUGAUUCGUUUAAGAAGCCUGGUGGUGGUGGUCCGCAGGUGGGUAAUAUGAUGAGAAAUCCGCAGUUUAUGAAAGGAGGUGGUGGACGCGGUAACAUGAAUGGAGGUCAUCCAAAUCAUGGUGGUGGUGGUUGUCAGAGUCAUAAUAGCUGCGGUGGUGGGAGCGGUGACAUAAAUGGUGGUGUACAAGGGAUGCAAAACAUGAUGAGUAUGUGUGGUGGUGGUGGACAUGGUAUGGGGCCGAUGGGUCAUAUGGGUGCGGUUGAAGAACUUCCGGCCCGUGGACCAAUGGGCGGCAAUAAUGGUUAUUUCCAUGCUGUUGGACCUGAAGCUAUGACAGGAAAUCCGUACUACCAGCAGCAAAGUGGUGGACGCGGUUAUAUGAAUGGAGGUAAUCAAAAUCAUUGUGGUGGUGGUGGUUGUCAGAGUCAUAAUAACUGUGGUGGUGGACGCGGUAUCAUGAGUGGUGGUGUACAUGGGAUGCAAAACAUGAUGAGUAUGCGUGGUGGUGGUGGUGGAGGUGGUAUGGGGUCGAUGGGUCAUAUGGGUUCGGUUGAAGGACUUCCGACUCGUGGACCAAUGGGCGGCAAUAAUGUUUAUUUCCAUGGUACUAUGGCAGGAAAUCCGUACUACCAGCAGCAAUCAGUGGCUGCAAUGAUGAACCAGCAACAAACAGCAAACGGCAACCAACGGUUUCAGCCCAUGAUGUAUGCUAGACAACCACCCGAAGUCAAUUAUAUGCCGCAGCCAAUCCAGCCAUCGUAUCCGUCUUACCCUUAUCCUCAACCACCACAUAAUGACCCACUUACUAACUAUUUUAGUGAUGAAAACACAUCAUCAAGCUGCAAUAUUAUGUGAGGAUAAGUGGUUGCCCACAGUGGUUCUAUUAGCGUUCUCAUACCCAACCAAUAUACAGUAUACAAAAGAAAACAAGGCCAUUUGUGUAAACAAACUUGUUAUCCCUUUUAAUUCUAUCCCUCGAUUUUACUAAUUGUCAUCAUAUUAUAAUUAGGAUGAUUUUUAGGCGAACUAUUUAGGACGAUUAAUCAUUUUCCUUUUUUUUUUUUUGGAACAAGUGAUUGUACAAUAUUGAGUUUGGCAAAUUUGAAA